AUGUCCCCAAGUACACCAACACCAACUACAGUUUACAUCUACAUCUACAGAGACAUCCACAAUCACACUAAACUACUAAACACCAUCUACAACUACUGGCACAACUACAACAACACACCAUACAACUUCCACAAUCACAUCCAUGACUACCACACCAAUUACUGUAACGACAACCACCUACAUCAACAGAAACAACACCAUCUACAAACUGUUACAAUAACACCUACAUCAACAGAAACACACAUCUACAACUACUGUUACAACAACAACAUCGACAGAGACAUCCACAAUCACAACCUUGACUACCACACCAAUUACUAUUUGUACGACCUCUACAAUUCCCCAAGUACACCAACACCAACUACAGUUACAUCUACAUCAACAUCAACAGAGACAUCCACAAUCACACCAACUACUGGAAAACACAACACCUACAAAACUGUUACAAUAACACCUACGUCAACAGACAACACCAUCAUCAACAACUACUGGCACAGCUACAACAACAACAUCAACAGAGACAUCCACAAUCACAUCCAUGACUACCACACCAAUUACUGUAACGACAACACCAACAUCAACAGAAACAACACCAUCUACAACUAUCAACAGAAACAACAACACCUACAACUGGUACAUAACACCUACGUCAACAGAAACACCUCUACAACUACUGGCACAACUACAACAACACCAUCAACAGAGACAUCCACAAUCACAUCCAUGACUACCACACCAAUUACUGUAACGACAACACCUACAUCAACAGAAACAACACCAUCUACAACUGUUACAAUAACACCUACAUCAACAGAAACACCAUCUACAACUACUGUUACAACAACAACAUCGACAGAGACAUCCACAAUCACAACCUUGACUACCACACCAAUUACUGUAACAACAACACCUACAUCAACAGAAACACCAUCUACAACUAGUACUACUACAGUUACAACAUCACCUUACACCUGUGUUCGUUGCGAAUGGUCAAGCUGGAUUAAUAGCAACACACCCAGUACAGAGCCACAAGGAUUCGAAACUGAACCCAUUGAUACAUUGUGGAAUUCUGGAAAGAUAACCUGUCAGAACCCAGAAGAGAUUAAAUGUAGAGCAGUGGAUUAUCCACAAAAAUCCCUAGAAGAUUUGGGACAAACAGUAUAUUGCAAUACAUCAUUUGGACUGUCAUGUUCAAAUGAAGAAAAUGCAGAUGGCACGCCACCACUUUGUUAUAAUUACGAAAUAAGUGUAAAAUGUUGUAAAGACAUUUGUAUUACCUCUACAAUGUCCCCAAGUACACCAACACCAACUACAGUUACAUCUACAUCAACAGAGACAUCCACAAUCACCACCACUACUGUAACAACAACACCUACAUCAACAGAAACAACAACACCCACAACUGGUACAAUAACACCUACGUCAACAGAAACACCAUCUACAACUACUACAACUACAACAACACCAUCAACAGAGACAUCCACAAUCACAUCCAUGACUACCACACCAAUUACUGUAACGACAACACCUACAUCAACAGAAACAACACCAUCUACAACUGUUACAAUAACACCUACAUCAACAGAAACACCAUCUACAACUACUGUUACAACAACAACAACAACAUCGACAGAGACAUCCACAAUCACAACCUUGACUACCACACCAAUUACUGUAACAACAACACCUACAUCAACAGAAACACCAUCUACAACUAGUACCACUACAGUUACAACAACACCUUACACCUGUAUUCAUUGUGAAUGGUCAAGCUGGAUUAAUAGCAACAUACCCAGUACAGAGCCACAAGGAUUCGAAACUGAACCCAUUGAUACAUUGUGGAAUUCUGGAAAGAUAACCUGUCAGAACCCAGAAGAGAUCAAAUGUAGGGCAGUGGAUUUUCCACAAAAAUCCCUGCAAGAUUUAGGACAAACAGUAUAUUGCAAUACAUCAUUUGGACUGUCAUGUUCAAAUGAAGAAAAUGCAGAUGGCAAGCCACCACUUUGUUAUAAUUACGAAAUAAGUGUAAAAUGUUGUAAAGACAUUUGUAUUACCUCUACAAUGUCCCCAAGUACACCAACACCAACUACAGUUACAUCAACAUCAACAGAGACAUCCACAUCACACCCAACUACUGUAACAACAACACCUACAUCAACAGAAACAACAACACCUACAACUGGUACAAUAACACCUACGUCAACAGAAACACCAUCUACAACUACUGGCACAACUACAACAACACCAUCAACAGAGACAUCCACAAUCACAUCCAUGACUACCACACCAAUUACUGUAACGACAACACCUACAUCAACAGAAAACAACACCAUCUACAACUGUUACAAUAACACCUACAUCACAGAAACACCAUCUACAACUACUGUUACAACAACAACAUCGACAGAGACAUCCACAAUCACAACCUUGACUACCACACCAAUUACUGUAACAACAACACCUACAUCAACAGAAACACCAUCUACAACUAGUACCACUACAGUUACAACAACACCUUACACCUGUAUUCAUUGCGAAUGGUCAAGCUGGAUUAAUAGCAACACACCCAGUACAGAGACAGAAGGAUUCGAAACUGAACCCAUUGAUACAUUGUGGAAUUCUGGAAAGAUAACCUGUCAGAACCCAGAAGAGAUCAAAUGUAGGGCAGUGGAUUUUCCACAAAAAUCCCUGCAAGAUUUAGGACAAAAAGUUUAUUGCAAUACAUCAUUUGGACUGUCAUGUUCAAAUGAAGAAAAUGCAGAUGGCAAGCCACCACUUUGUUAUAAUUACGAAAUAAGUGUAAAAUGUUGUAAAGACAUUUGUAUUACCUCUACAAUGUCCCCAAGUACACCAACACCAACUACAGUUACAUCAACAUCAACAGAGACAUCCACAAUCACACCAACUACUGUAACAACAACACCUACAUCAACAGAAACAACAACACCUACAACUGUUACAAUAACACCUACGUCAACAGAAACACCAUCUACAACUACUGGCACAACUACAACAAACACCAUCAACAGAGACAUCCACAAUCACAUCCAUGACUACCAACACCAAUUACUGUAACGACAACACCUACAUCAACAGAAACAACACCAUCUACAACUGUUACAAUAACACCUACAUCAACAGAAACACCAUCUACAACUACUGGUACAACAACAACAUCGACAGAGACUCCACAAUCACAACCUUGACUACCACACCAAUUACUGUAACAACAACACCUACAUCAACAGAAACACCAUCUACAACUAGUACUACUACAGUUACAACAACACCUUACACCUGUGUUCGUUGCGAAUGGUCAAGCUGGAUUAAUAGCAACAUACCCAGUACAGAGCCAGAAGGAUUCGAAACUGAACCCAUUUAUACAUUGUGGAAUUCUGGAAAGAUAACCUGUCAGAACCCAGAAGAGAUUAAAUGUAGAGCAGUGGAUUAUCCACAAAAAUCCCUAGAAGAUUUGGGACAAACAUUUAUUGCAAUACAUCAUUUGGACUGUCAUGUUCAAAUGAAGAAAAUGCAGAUGGCACGCCACCACUUUGUUAUAAUUACGAAAUAAGUGUAAAAUGUUGUAAAGACAUUUGUAUUACCUCUACAAUGUCCCCAAGUACACCAACACCAACUACAGUUACA